AUUUAAUGAAUCAAUAAAAUUUGGACAAAGACGAGAUCGCUUUACUCUAAAAAGCCUUGGGUGAAGAAAUCAUACCACUUUGACAAACGAUCACAUCUUAGAACUUUACAGAUUGUUUAAUUUGUAUUGUGAUCCAAGAACAAGAAGAAUUGAUUUGAAGGAUGUAAUGAUAACAGCAUAACAUUUGGGAUUGGUGGAGAAGAGUCCAAUAGUAGCCAAUACUUUGUCAUAAGUUUCUGAUUAACAUGGAGAUGGAGGUGUGGAUUUUGAAGAAUUCGUAAGAGAGUUGACAACUAAGUUGGGCAAUACAUUUGAAUAGAAAGGAAGAGAGUAACUCUUUACAUUGGUGGAUAUUGAUGGUAAAGGUACCUUGGAUAAGGAUGAUUUGAAAAAGAUUUCAGAUGAAUUGCAUCUCAACUUUUCAUAAAAGGAUAUCGAUGAAAUAAUUCACAAUGUUGCAGGGUAUGAUGCAGUUGACAUUACUGCUGAAUAAUUUGAGAAAUACCUAGCUAAAUUGACAAAUAGAAGAAAAAUUGAGACUGAAGUGCUCAGAACAAAAUGAAAAGACACAAUUUAUAUAAUAAGCAUAAAAACAGAUUUAAU